ACGUGCAGUUUGAAAUAAAUAUCGGUUAGUGCUUGAUAAAAGAUGUUUAAUUGCUCUCCAGUCUAUAUUGGUUAGCUAGUUUAAGGUUCUCAACAUAAUCAUAUAAAUCUAUCUAUAUAAUUAGUAGAAAUGAACUGUAUGCUUUGGUAAAUUUAAGGUGUAGCGCUCUUCAAAGCAUUGGAAACGCAAAGCUUUGACAAUAGUAAAUUUGGCAAUGUUGGCAAACGUGAACGGCUGACGAUUUGUUUUCUCUUUGUUAAUUAGAAACCAAAAUCAAGAUGUUGAUUUUAUAAGAAAAAUUUAUUGUUUAGCGUUUUCCUAUUAGGAAUUUUUAUAAGAAUUUCUACUUUCUAAUAAUAAUCAUUUCCUUACUUUCAGGUUUAUCACAAAAAACUUGAGUUCAACUUUACAAUUUGAAAAUGAUUUUUACUGUUUCUGUUCAAAAACAACUAUGAGGAAGGUAAAAUUAUUCCACGUAAUAAAAAUAUGGUCAUUAUUUUGAAAAUAUUUCAUGAUCAAAAAUUGAUUUAGGGGAAAGUUGAGUGAAAAUAAUUGAGAAUAUAGGACAAUAUGCAUGUGUAGGAUUAAAUACAAUUUGGUUAAAUGUGAGCCACAUUAAAAAAUUUUUCUUAUCCAAUAUAAAUAUCGUGAUAUUUAAAUUUUAAAGGUCACGAUUAAUUAAAAUAAUUUCAUUUGCCUACCUUAUUUGCCUAUAAGUACAAAUUUCUCAUAUAUAAAAGCAUUAUUUUCGAAUAUUUAUCAACAGUGUUGAAAAAACAAACGCACAUUCUCUACGCAAUGUGAUUUUAUUCUUUCAAAUAUUUUUAAUAAGAUUAAUUUGGAAUGAAUAUUGGAAAAAUAUUGUAUCUUUCAAUUGAAUUAUAUAUUUUUAGAAUUGUUGUUUCCGAUGUCUCUCAUUUAUUACAUCAAGGAGUUUAUCAACAUUAUUAUCAACCGUUAUAUGAAAUACCGCAACAAAUAAUACCUAAACCUACUUUACCGCCACCACCACCACCGACAACAACAACAGAAUUCUUUUUUCCAGAAAUCAUAAUUAAUAAACGGGCAAAAACAAAAAAUCCAUAUGAUUAUCAACGUCCAACCAAACAACCUCCACAUAAUUUAUAUAUACCUGGAUCUUCAGAUGAUUUUAAACCGAUAGAUAAUCCAAUACAACAACAAUUUCCAGAACAGGAUCAACAAUUUGAAAUACCAAAUGAAUCAUUUUCUGGUACAUUACCUGUAGAACAGACUAACAGUAGUUCUGGAUUAAAUCCACAAGAUUAUCUGCCUCCAUUUUCUCAAAAUGGAAUAAAAUUUAAAAAUUUUGGUAAUGGACAGAUUUUUGUUACAUAUGAUAAAAAUGAAUUUGGUGGCUAUGAUUAUAAUGUUCCUUCAAAUAAACCACCAAUUAUUGCACCAAAACCAAUUGAUGAAUUUGAUGUACCAUUAGAUGAUAAAAAUCCAAAUAGACCAGAUAUAGAUAAAAUUCCAUCUGAAGGCUAUCAUUAUGAGGAACCGGUUUCACCAAUUAGUGUCUCUGAAACACCAAUACCUAAUCCUAUAGAUGAACCUAAUUUGGGAUAUUUACCACCUAUACCAUCUGAUGUAUCAAUUCGACAUUCGAAAGAUUUUUCUGAGUUUACAACAAAUUCAAGAAAUCCAAUAAAAUUACAGUUAAAAGAGAUGCGAUGUAUUAAUAGUCAAAAUGGAUUUUUUAAAGCUGUAUUAAGAUUAGAUAGUCCUAUAUCAUUAAUACCUAUAGUUGACAAUGGUGUUUUAGAUUCUAGAUGUGAAUUAAAAUUAACACAAUCUCAUAUACUUGUUAAUAUACCGGUAGAAGAUUUUUUAAAAUGUGGUAUACGUAACUGUGGCGAUAAUUUAUGUUUAAGAAUACGAUUUCCAUUAAUUCCAGAAAUUAAAACUGCAUCUGAUUCCAUAUUAACUCUUCAAUGUAAAUUGCAAGAGAAAAUUAUUACAAAAAUUCAUGCUUUAAAAAUGGCUACAUCUAAUAAUAUACAAGGAAGAAGUGUAGGUGCUUUUGCACAAGGAGGAAUUCAACAACCAUUCCGAACACGUAUUGAUAUUUUACGAAAAUCAUCCAGUGGUUUUACAAAACGUUUAGAACCACAUGGAUCUGUUAAUCUAGGAGAGGAGUUGUUACUAAGAACACAUGUUAAUAUUGGAGAUGGUUGGAAUUACACGAAAUUAACCGAUGUAAAUUUACAAAGAUUUUCUCCUUCAGGUGAAAUUUUAAAUUCAGUCAAUAUUAUUACACAACAGGGAUGUAUUAAUCCAGUAAUGCGUCUUGUUUGUCCAACACAACCAAGUUUUGAUCCACCACUAGGAUAUCGUUUAUCAUUUAAAGCUAUUAUGUUUCAGGGUAUGCGUAGUGGAGAGGAAAUUGUUUUAAGUUUAAAAAUUACAGGGUGUAUGGAAAGAGCUGAUUGUUAUAUAAAUACUCAAAAUUGUAAUAAUGCUUUGACACGACUCAGAAGAAGCUCCAAUAACAAUAGUGAUAUUAUUAAACACAGAAAUUCAUCUGAAAUUGAAGAAAUUUCAAAAAUUUCAUUUCGUGUUAUUAUUCCUGACUAUGAUAAUGAUGAAAAUGAAGGCCCAAAUUUCAAUAAUAUUAAAAAUAUUCAGAAUUAUCAAUUGUUCUAUUUAAUUGGUGGUAGUUUUGGAAUAUUUUUAAAUUUAAGCAAUAUGGAUUAG